AUGUUUACUGUUCGGUGGCCUUCAUUGCCAAAUUUUGGCCUCUUCUCAUCUUCACCACCCCAGGCAAUCGAUUUGCCGUCAGUCAAGAUCCAUGAUACAGAUACAGCUCAGGAAAAGCCGGCCCGGGCGUUGAAGUAUCUUCUGAAACUGAACCAUGUCGAAAACUCCUUGUUUGACAGUCGGGAAGUUCCUAAUCAGAUAAUGCAGCUCUUGAGCUCUUCCUUUCUCCAAGGCGCAGACGCAGAUAUUCUGAGCCGAAUCUACGAAAAAAAAGUCCUUGAUUUGGUCAAAUGGAAUGACUCGCCUGCAGAAGUCACCACUCUUGACUGGAAAAACCAUUUAGGGCGUCGAGAAUUCGACCGAGCUUUUGUAAAUUUCUUUGAAGACGAGAUGGUGAACCUCGGCUAUGACUGGAAGGAAGUCGUGACCGAGUACCUAUUCGACGGCAAAGAGCCCGUCUUCGAUUCAAUUAUGGCUUCUCUGGGAUUGCCACUCGUUCACCUUGCAUAUGCCUUCGAGAUGAACAGCCGUGAACUCGGCAUGGAAGCCCUCGGCCUUGCCGCAACGUGCCAUAAUGAAAUCUACAGGUCCCUGGAGGACCCCAAGCACUCGCAACAGCAAACGUCAUAUGAAGAAAAAUCAGUAUUUGCAAUUCUCAACCACGUACGGGAUGAUAAGGGCUUGGAUGGCCUCUUCUCUGCUCCUGGCGGCAACAAUCUCAACACCCUUCUCGUCAGCCGCAACGCCGUGCUUCUCAACCACUGGAAGGCAUGGAGCAUUGAGAACCCGAUGGAGCAGUUCCGCGAAAGCCAGGAGCUUGUAGCUGCGUUGCUUGUAGGGAGCACUGCCGGCGACUCGACUGGGCACUACGAUUGGUUCUUCGCUUCGACUCUCGCAACUAGCCAUGCUGUCCGAGUUAUGUUGCCCUUCAUUCCUCCCCAGUUCCAAAUCAGUCUUCUCCGACAAUGGUGGUUGGUUACCCUCGGUAUUUAUGUCGCACAGCAGCGACCUGAGAUCAAGAUGGACCAAAUCCGGAAUUACAAUCUGGAUGGGAAAAACUGGGGUUGGGUUGCUGAGAGAGCCGUUACUGGAGACUUCUCAACAGAUGCGCACUUUGUUAAGACCACCCGAGCCUUGAAAGAAAUGGCCGCAACCUGGGGUGAUUCUGAUACCUUCUUCUUGAAAGCUGCUGUGCGAUUUGUCACCGAGUUCACGGGUUGGGGUGGCAAUUUUGUCGGAUUUGAGCUCUAG